UCCAGUCCAGGACGGUCAUUGUGGUCAGUGGCAUUCAGCUGCAACAGACAGCCGGAAUGGCAUCUCCAACCAGCAUGUUAGCCGAGGAGCAGGUGCACUGUUCCAUCUGUCUGGAUGUGUUUACAAACCCUGUCUCCAUCCCUUGUGGACACAACUUCUGCAUGGCCUGCAUCGGCAGCUACUGGAAGUCCAGUGCCCUCUUUAUGUGUCCGAUGUGCAAAAAGACAUUCUUCAAGCAGCCUGACAUCAGCAUCAACACAGUGCUGAGGGAAAUCGCUGAGAAAUUUAAGGCAAUGAAAUCCAAUCCCGUCGCAAACUUUCAGAUGACAAUGCAGCUGGACCCAGGACUCAGGACCCAUGAGGAGCUCCCGACAGAAAUGCCUGAACUGAUUCCUCCUAAUGGGCCGUGGGCCCAGACGGUGUCCUGCGACGUGUGCACUGGGACUCAGCGUCGGGCGGUGAAGUCCUGCCUGGUUUGUUUAACGUCUUACUGUGAGGAGCAUCUGAAGACGCACACUGCCCGCUUCACCAAACACAAGCUGAUCGAACCUGUGCAGAACCUUGAGGACCGUAUGUGUAAGAAGCACGAGAGGUUGCUGGAGCUGUUCUGUAAGAAGGAUCAGACCAUUGUGUGUGUGCUAUGCACUGAGAUGGACCACAGGGCACAUUACACAGUUCCUGUCGAACGAGAGUGGACAGAGAAAAAGGCCGUGUUGAGGAAAACUGAAACUGAAGUUCAGCAGAUGAUUCAGGACCGAUUGAAGAAAGUUGAUGAUAUCAAACACUCCAUAGAGUUGAACAAAAGCAGCGCUAAGAGAGAUAUUGAGGACAGCAUGCAGGUAUUCUCGGAUCUGAUCAGAGCAGUCCAGAAGGUCCAGGCCGAGCUGGUGUUGGACAUCGAGGCGAAACAGAAGAAGACAGAGAGCUGGGCCAACCAACAAAUACAAGAACUGGAGCAGGAAAUAGAUGUUCUGAAACUGAGAAACACAGAGUUGGGGUAUCUCUCACACACUGAAGACCACAUUCACUUCCUGCAGAACUUUACAUCAUUAAUGGCACAUCCAAACACUAAAGACUGGUCUGAGAUCUGUGUGCAUGCUGAUCAGUGUGUUGGCACCACCAGAAGAGCAGUGCUCAAACUAGAAGAGACACUUACAGAAGAAGUAGACAAACUUGUAGAAAUGGAGCUGAGGAGAGUUCAGAAGUACUCAGUGGAUGUAACCUUUGACCCGGACACUGCUAACCCUUGGCUGCAGCUAUCCGAGGACAGACGUCAGAUGCGUCAUCUCGGUGCAUGGCAGGACCUGCCCGAUACACCAGAGCGCUUUGAUACAGUGGUUAUUGCACUCGGCCGUGAAGAAUUGUCCUCCGGACGCCGUUACUGGGAAGUUCAGGUGGGCGAGAAGGACGACUGGUACCUAGGUGUCGCCAGGGCAUCUGUAAACAGAAAAGGGAGGAUUUCGGUGAGUACGGCUCACGGUUAUUGGGCUUUAGCAAUGAGGAAAGGGCGAGAAUAUCGUGUUUCUUCCUCUCCACCCCUCCUGCUUUCCAUCGAGCCCAAGCUGAAGAGAGUGGGCGUAUAUGUGGACUACGAAGAAGGACAAUUGUCAUUCUAUGAUGUACAAAACAAAACUCACAUCUACACCUUUGUGGACUCGUUUAAAGAGAAACUCUUCCCGUUCUUCUACCUCUACUGCUGCGAUAAGGCCUCUGACACUAUGACGAUCUGUCCCAUGCAAGAGACGUCUCAUACUAAACAGUGCUGAAACACGAGCUCAAUAAAGACUUGGUCUGAUGAAAUGACCUGCAGUACUGCUGUUUCUAUCCUGAUACUAUGUGUGUUUGAGAACUGCUUUCUUUGCCUUAAUUUCCUGAAUGUUAUAUAGAUAUUUCUACAAAAAAAAAAUUAAAAAUCAGUUUUAUUGCAUGGCCAUACAAGAGCAAUUAUGACAAAGCAUACAAAAAAAAAAUAAAUAAUUAUAAUUAAUCAA